AUGUCGUUCACCCAGGCAGCGCACAAGCUCCUCGUCAUCCCCGGCCCCAUCGAGUUCUCGGACCCCGUCCUCCUCGCCAACGCCACCCCCGGCACAGCCCACACCUCCCCCGCCUUCAUCCCCGUCUUUGGCGAGUCCCUCUCCCUUCUUCGUGAGGUCCUUCUGUCCAAGAAGGAGAGCGGGUCCCAGCCGUUCCUCAUCGCGGGAAGCGGCACCCUCGGAUGGGACGCCACUGCCGCCAACCUCAUCGAGCAGGGCGAGGAGGCCGUAGUGCUCAACACUGGGUACUUUAGUGACGGUUUCGCGGACUGCCUCGAAGCAUACGGCGCCAAGGUCACCCAGGUUAAGGCCGAAGUCGGCAGCAUCCCCACCGACGACGCCAUCGUCUCCGCCCUCGCCUCCAAGCCCAAGCUCCUCACCAUCACCCACGUCGACACUUCCACCGGCGUCCUCUCCCCCGCCGGCCACAUCGCCUCCCUCGUCAAGAAGCACUCUCCCGACACGCUUAUCGCCCUCGACGCGGUGUGCUCGGUGGCUUCGGAGGAGAUCAAGUUUGACGAGUGGGGGGUGGAUGUCGUGCUCAGUGCGACUCAGAAGGGUUUGGGGGUGCCCCCUGGUUUGAGUGUGGUGCUUGCUAGUAAGAGGGCUAUCCAGACUGUGGAGAGCAGAAAGACUCCUAUCGGCGCAUACUACAUCUCGUGGAAGCGAUGGACCCCCGUCAUGCAAAACUACGAAGCCGGCAAGCCUUCCUACUUUGCUACCCCCCCCGUCCAGCUUAUCUACGCCCUCAACACCUCCCUCAAAGCCAUCCUUUCCUCCCCCAUCGCGGACCGCUUUGCCGCACACAAGAAGGCUAGUGCCUACGUCAAAGACAGCUUGGCGGAGCUCGGGCUGGACUUUGUACCGAAGAGCAGGGAUAUCGCGGCUAAUGGUAUGACGGCUGUGAGGUUCCCUAAGGGUGUUACAGCGCCGGAUGUGCUUCCCAAGCUUGCCGAGAAGGAUAUCGUUGUGGCUGGUGGUAUCCACAAGGCCAUCGCUUCGGAAUACUUCCGUAUCGGCCACAUGGGCAUCACCGCCGUCGACAGGGAGAGGGGUGACCUUGAGAAAGUCAUCAAGGGCGUCAAGGAAGUCCUCGGUAAAGCUUGA